GAACACAUUGUUCCAAUAUCGAAACCAGUCAAUCAUAUACAAAAACACAAAAUUCUUUAUCGCGAAACAGAUUGCGGCAUAACACAUCUCAGUCAAGAUGUUGGCGGUGGGAAAAUGCGUCUUUUUCUUCGGAGCUUUGGCCACUGUUUUUGCUAUAACUAGUGCCAUGAGCUAUCCCCAUAAGCUAGACAUGCACGAUAGAUUCUCCGUGCACUGGUUUUACAAUGCAACCGAGAGCAAGUUUUAUUUCAAGGUCGUGGCUAAUACUACGGGCUGGGCUGGUUUUGCCAUGACUACAAACUACCAAAGCCCAGGCAUGAUCAACUACGACAUUGCUCUCGGCGGAAUGAGAGGCAACACAAGCUAUCUGAAUGACUACUGGUCGUCAAGUAAACAAAAGCCUGAGCUUGACACGAAACAGGACCUGACCUUGAUCAGCGCUGCCGAGUCUGGAGGGAAUACCACUCUGGAGUUCAGCCGACUGGCGGAUACGGGAGACACGGGCCGCGACGUUCAAAUCAAGAAUGAUACCGCGAUCUACAUGGCGUGGGCUGUCGGGCAAGAUGAUGCGAGCGACAGCACAACAUUCCUCAAACACGCCGACAAGGCUGGCGGUGGGAGAGGACACUGGAAGGUUGCAUAUAAUAUGAUGACGGGGCAAGUGAUCCCAGAAACCACCAAGGCAGCUGCUGCUGACAUGCGUGCGCCAGCGAUCUUGAUGGCAGUGACCGCUGUUCUUCAGAUAGUGUGGGUUGUUUUGGUUCACUGACUUGAAAAAACUGUUUACAGUCUUUAGACAGUCCAUACAAUUUACUUUUAAAAAAUGCAUUUGUUCAAUUAGUUAAGCUUCCCUUAAAAUAAUUCCCGUGUAGUAUAAAUAAAACAGUAGCUUUAGGUACGAAUAAAAAUACGUAUGUAAUUAAUAA